UAACAAACCAAACCUCAGAGAACAAGUUGGUCCGGGAUGCCAGACAAUAUCGCUUUUCUGACGAACAGCACAGAUUUGGGGCACGUCGGUCGCGCGUUGGGUUCGAGCGCGCGUCCCGCCUGGGCAAUAGCGGUGCUGGCCAGCGUGCUGAUCUUCACCACUGUGGUGGAUGGUUUGGGUAACCUGUUAGUCAUAAUUUCGGUGUUCAGGAAUCGGAAACUGAGAAAUGCUGGCAAUGUGUUUGUUGUCAGUUUGGCCUUCGCUGACCUGGUGGUGGCUUUCUAUCCUUACCCGCUGGUCUUGUACGCAAUCUUCCAUGACGGCUGGUCUCUGGGGGAAACCCAGUGUAAAGUCAGCGGAUUCCUAAUGGGCCUGAGUGUGAUCGGCUCAGUUUUCAACAUCACUGGCAUCGCCAUCAACCGUUACUGCUACAUCUGUCACAGUUUUGCCUACGGACGUCUCUACAGCUUCCGUAACACGCUGCUGUUAGUGGCCCUGAUCUGGGUGCUCACUGUGCUCGCCAUUCUUCCCAACUUCUUUGUGGGUUCACUGAGUUAUGACCCUCGCGUUUACUCCUGCACCUUCACGCAGACCGCCAGCAGCUCGUACACUGUGGUGGUGGUGGUGGUUCACUUCCUGGUGCCCAUCGCGGUGGUGACCUUCUGCUACCUGAGGAUUUGGGUUCUGGUGAUACAGGUGAGGAGGAAGGUGAAGAGCGAGGAACGCUCGAGGGUGAGACCCAGCGACCUGCGCAACUUCGUCACCAUGUUCGUGGUGUUCGUUUUAUUUGCAAUCUGCUGGGCUCCACUCAAUCUAAUCGGUCUCGUGGUGGCCAUCGAUCCAGAUGUCAUGGCUCCACGUAUUCCAGAGUGGCUCUUUGUGGUCAGCUACUUUAUGGCCUAUUUCAACAGUUGCCUCAAUGCCAUCAUUUAUGGACUCCUCAAUCGGAACUUCCGAAAGGAGUACGUGCGGAUCCUGACCUCGGUUUGGAUUCCUCGGAGGUUUGUGACUGAGACCUCUAAGGCUGCCACAGAUGGGAUGAGGAGCAAACCCUCACCAGCCAUCAAUAACAAUGAGUGACUUUUGUUUUCAGCCAAUCACUGUUCAGA